AUGUCUGAAGCUUUACGCAUAAUUCUUAGGAAUAAGAAAAACAGGCGUUAUGUUGCUGGAGAUAGAAUACAAGGAUAUGUCCUCCUCGAUACGGACGAAUACAUCGAGAGCGGUACAGUCACCAGAAUCUCAUUCACCGGCUGCACGUACACGAAAUAUCAAAGCCGAGCAGGUAGCAAGUCCUAUACCGGCGAUACAAUCUUCUUUCAUAAGAGCAAAAAUCUAUACAAGUUCCCUUUCGGAAUUGCAGGUGGGAUGUACAAAUGGCAUUUUGAAUUCACUUUUCCAUCCCAAUCACGAGCUACCUUUGAGGUGAACGCGGAUGAUAUUCUCCCACCGAGCUUAUGCUUGCUCGAACAUGACAACUCCCGUACAGGGAGUCUGGCCAAAGUAGAAUACAAGCUAGAGGCCAGCCUCGAAUACCCGGAAUGGGCGCUAUACCAUAGCCCUAAUUUAAGCUCAACAUUACCUUUGAUUUAUGUCCCAUCUUACGAUAGCCCAGAGCCAUAUUACCGGUACUGGCUUAAAGAGCAGAAAUUCUACGGACCGUCUCCGAGAUUCUCGUCGUAUAAGGAUCCUCCAACAUUCCGCGCGAGACUGACAUUCCCUACCGUCUACGUCCAUGGCCAGCUGCUCCCGGUUUAUUUGAGUAUUGCCUACACCGAUAUUCAGAGAUACCAGCCAAAGUGCGAGGUCUGGAUAGAUCGAAAGAAGCAUGAGUUCCAGACUGAGACGCAGGCUAUGCGGGUUUAUGCUCUUACUAAACAUCCCCUUCCGAUAUCACACACUUUUCACAACUUAACCCAAGACGAGUCAUGGCGGCAUAUGAAAGGGGAUGGCUUGCCGCCUGUAGAGGGUCUUUGUAUCGGUGACUACGCGAGUGACGGCCUGAAGGUCCCUUCACAUAUUUGUCCUGACGUUAAGAUGUCGGACAUAGCAAUCACCCAUACAUUGAAAAUUAAAGCAAAUCUGUCUUUUUGCAAUAGACAGUUUACCCUGAGCAAACAGGGGGAGUUUCAAAUAUUACCCCCUAUGUCAAGGAAAGGCAAUAGUCCUCCCCGUUUCGUCCGUCCCCAAAGCCCGGAUAUAGUGCCGUCAUUUGCAAUCGCAGACGUACAGCCACCGCCUUAUACCAAGGAUCCUUGA